GAAUCACACUGUCACCAGAUUCUCCCGCGCUGCCGACUUCCCCGGAACAUGUUGCCUGAGGCCGGCUCAGCUCCGACAAAGGGUUUUCAGUGCCAACCGGAGUCGGAGGUGAGCCACAGCAGUUGCAGCAGUGGGUGUAGCGGCCAUGGAUCGCCGACUUCUCUCAUGAGUUGCCAAGGCGUGUUUCAGAGGAGCAUAAGCAGCCAUUCUCUGCAGAGGACUGAGGCCCACCACCCCGUUUCAGCUUUAUUCGCAGACUUGCUGGAGGAGGCCCCGGUGAGAAAAGUUUACAGUGCCGGUGAUUUGCAGAGGAUGAUGAAUGUAUUGCGAAACCAUCGGCGGUCGGAAAGUCCAUUGCGGAGCGAAAGUAGUAUGAUCAUCGAAGGAAUGAGCAGAGCGUAUCCUUAUGGCCCGGAGGAGAAGAAGGUGAGGAUUGAGAGAUACAGAAUCAAGAGACAUAAGAGGAACUUCAACAAGAAAAUUAAGUAUGAAUGCAGGAAGACGUUGGCGGACAGCAGGAGGCGCGUCAGAGGAAGAUUUGCAAAGAGGGAAGAAAGUGAGAAGAAGAGAGAUGUGAUAGAGAAUGAGAGUGGAGAAGAAGAAGAUGAAAAUUGGGACAGUUUUUUUGAAACAUUGGUAGAUGCAAAUCUUGUUCAGGAACCAUGAGGCCUCUCCUAUUGGUGCUGACUUGCUGAGUGAGCACUCCUAAAUUUGAUUGCAUUGUCAUUCUUCCUCUUUCGCUUGUCGGAUGGGCUGCACCUUCGUAGCAGUCAAUGUCAGUAAUAUAGUAGUAAGAUGUAAAUACAAGGGUCAACCUUUUGUUACAGUUUAAUGUCCAUUGACUCCUUUAGUGCCCUUUUUACUUUUCUGUAGUCUCAGCUCCACAUGGAGUGGAAUGUAUCGUCUAAUGCUGUUAUUGAAUGAUGCUCUUUUAUAAU